AGGUGGGGCCAGCGCUUCCUCUGCAGCCUUGAGUGCUCAGUCGGACAGGGUGAGUCUGUGGAGGGUCGUUGCUUUCUUCUCUUCUUGUCGUUUUCUGGGCAAGGCUGGAAGAUGGAGGAUGAAGAAGGUUACACGGUAUUAAACCUCCGACGGCAGGAGAAAACCACCACCCGCCCAUCAUCAGGGAGGAUCCAAGAUUCUCCUUUGAGUUCCCAGUGCUAUAAACGCAUGCUAGGGAUUUUGGGGGCCGUUUGCAUCAUUCUGACAUUAGCCGUGAUCAUUCUGACUGUCCUGGUUUUCCAGGGCCGAUCCCUGCAGACGGACACCGGCACAGUCUCAUCGGUCCCUGAGAGCAGCGGUGUCGCUCAGAGACACUCCCCCGGCAGAGAAUGCAACAGGAGCCUGGAGGACUUGGUGUCUCGCCUGAAGCAGAGUCUGUGUCACUCAGCCCAGAGCCCCUCAGCAGACGGCUCCGGCUGCAAACUCUGCCCCAUGGACUGGCUGCCACGCAGGGGAAAGUGUUACUGGUUUUCCAAAGACAGCAAAAACUGGACCGAGAGCCGUGCUGACUGCUCAGCGAAGAGCUCUCGAAAGCUAGUGAUCCAGGACCAGGAGGAGAUGGAGUUCAUACAGAACGUCACACAGGGCAAAUAUCACGUCUGGCUUGGGCUCAGUGUUCCAUCUGCAGAGAAGAACUGGACCUGGGUGGACAACUCCGUGUUAGACCAAACUCUGUUCCCAGUAACGGGUCCUACCGACGUGAACAGCUGCGGGUUGAUAAAAGGGAAUCGGAUUCACUCUGAAACCUGCAGUGCUGAAUUCAAAUGGAUUUGCCAGAAGGAAGCCGUGCUGCUCUAAACAGUGGCAUUAGAGACACUCGCUCCUGUAACAGACCAGCACACUGCCUUGGGUUUCAGUC